AUGGCCAUCAAGCGCGCCGUCUGCACCAUGUCUCUCGGCCGGUGCUUCGCCGGCCACUCCCUCGUCCACAAGCUCGACGCGGCAAGCAGACACGGCUUCACAGGCAUCGAGCUCUUCUACGAGGACCUCGUCGCCCUCGCGCGUGACAUGUCCGUCAGCAGCAGCGGCGGCAGCAGCGGCGACACCCAGGCCGACCAACUAUCCGCCGCCGCCUCCAUCCGCAGACUCUGCGCCGACCGCGCCCUCGAAAUCAUCUGCCUCCAGCCCUUUACGCACUACGAGGGGCUCCUGGACAGGGAUCUGCACGCGCGCCGGGUGCAGGAGAUGCGCUUCUGGGUGCGGCUGGCGCACGCGCUCGGGACCGAUCUGAUAUGCCUGCCGAGCAGCUUCCUCGCCGUCUCAGAGCUGACCGACGACAUGGCCACCAUCGCCGACGACCUUCGCGUCCUCGCCGACAUUGGUCUCGCCUCGACGCCCGUGAUCCGCUUCGCGUACGAGGCCCUCUGCUGGGGCACCCGCGUCGACACCUGGGAGGCGAGCUGGGACGUCGUCGAGAGGGUCGCGCGCCCCAACUUUGGCAUCUGCCUCGAUACGUUCAACAUCGCGGGGCGCAUCUACGCCGACCCCACGGCCCCAUCCGGGCGCACGCACGGCUGCGACGCCGCCCUCGCCGCGUCCCUGCGCCGCCUCGUGUCGACUGUGGAGCGCAGCAAGGUCUUCCUCGUGCAGCUCGCCGACGCGGAGCGCCUGGCGCGGCCGCUCGACCAGACGCACCUUUUCCACGUCGCGGGUCAGCCGCCGCGCAUGAGUUGGUCGCGCAACGCGAGGCUCUUUUACGGAGAGACGGCGCACGGCGCGUACCUGCCCGUCAAGUCCGUGCUGGACGCCAUCGUCCGUGGGCUCGGCUACAAGGGCUGGUUGAGCUUUGAGGUGUUCAACAGGAGGUUGGCGGACGUGGACGAGGACGUGCCUGACAAGAUGGCGCGACGGGCGGCGAUUUCGUGGGAGAAGAUGGCACGGGACAUGCAUCUUGAGACGGUCGCCGCGACUGGAAACAAUCACGUAGCUACCGAUCGGGAGAGAACGCAGGCAAUGCUGUAA